AAGGUUGUUGAGAAAAACCUCAAUCUUGUUUGGAAUCAGACAUUUCAGUUGAGUGCCGAAGAUAAGGAGAAACAUAUUCCAAGCUUCAAGAAGCAGCAGCAAGAUGCAUCACGUCGAGAAGCAGCUGCUACAAAGAGAAUGCAAGAGCUCAUGCGCCAAUUUGGCACAAUAUUGCGCCAGAUUAUGCAACACAAGUGGGCAUGGCCUUUUAUGGAACCUGUAGAUGUAGAAGGUCUUAAGCUGCAUGACUACUAUGAGGUAAUUAACAAGCCCAUGGAUUUCAAUACAAUUAAAAAUCAAAUGGAGGCCAAGGAUGGUACCGGAUAUAAGAAUGUUCGGGAAAUAUGGGCUGAUGUGAGGUUGGUUUUCAAAAAUGCCAUGAAAUAUAAUGAUGAGAGAAGUGAUGUUCAUGUUAUGGCCAAAACUUUGCUGAAAAAUUUUGAGAAGUGGCUGCAACUCCUUCCUAAAGUUACUGAAGAGGAAAAAAGACGAGAAGAGGAGGAAGCAGAGGCACAGUUUAAUAUGCAGCUUGCUCAAGAGGCUGCUCAUGCCAAAAUGGCGAGAGAUUUGAGUAAUGAGCUGUAUGAGCUUGAUAAGCAUUUAGAAGAUCUCCAGAAAGUGGUUGUUCAAAAGUGCAAAAAAAUUACUACCGAAGAGAAGAGGCUCCUAGAGGAAAGAAAGAAACUGAGACAAGCGUGGUGGGACCCAGGUGGUGGGACAAGUGUGGGCAAGGAUACCGCACCUUGUGGACAAGGUGCUUCUAUGGGGGAUGGGUUGUCACAGUCCACAACCGGAUUACAUGGGCCAUGGGCCUUGGGCCAAUUUACUUUCAUUUACAACUUCCUUUACUUUAAUGCUUCCUGUUAUUUGGACUACAAUAAAGUUAGUGGGCCUUGGGCCUUAGUUUUAUUUUAUUGUAUGCCUUUAGUUGUGUUAGCCUGGGCCCAUGUAGGGAUCAUUUUCUUUAUGUAAGAGUCAAGGG